AGUAGCCGUUUGGGCUCCAGGCCUCCAGCGGGGCUCAGGGCAGGCAGCACGGCCUGCCAUGACUGCCGGAGGCCCGGCAGCGGACGCCAGCGCCGGGCGAGCGGUUCCGGCGCGGCAGGACCCCGACUCGGACGAGGAGGUGGUGGCGGCAGGGCCGCUGCUGGUGGUGGCCCCGGGAGAGGGCGCGGGCGGCCGUGGCGGCGCUGCAGAAGCGCAGGCCGGGGCCGGCGUCGCAGCUGUCCCGAGCGAUGGCGAGGAGUGCGGAGACGCGCGCCUGCCGGGGCCUCCCGCGGAGGUGCGCGACCUGUCGCCGUGCUGGUGGGACCCGCACUUCCUGCUCAGACCUGGUCCCGAGGGGGGCGCGUUGCUGGUGGUGCGUCUGAGGGGUCUGGAGCUGGGCGACAGCGACGUCGCCUCUGCGGUGGUCGCGCUGGAAAUGUACGUCGACCGCCUGGUGGAGCAGGGCGUGCCUCUCGCAGUUGACCUGGAGGCGGCCGAGAAUUCCUUGACGGACGCUGGUGCCUUGGUGCUGGUCGACGGCUUGCAAGCUUUGAGACGGCGUUUCGGUGCGCACGUGCGCGUGCUGAAGCUGUGGAAUAACCAGCUUGGAGAUGUGGCAGCCGGUGCCAUGGCAAGGCUUUUGGCGAUGCAGCCACAGGCUGCAGAGGAGGUCCACCUCUCCCACAAUAAGUUGUCAGCACGCGGCUUCGCGGAGCUGCUCGCCGCCAUCGCCAUGCAUCCCUCCGGCGCCUACCCCCGCGUCGACUCCUCGGGUUUCGCAGUGCCGUGCUGGCUCCGAGCAGAGCACAAUGACAUUGCUGGGGUGCAGGACCUCCUGAAGGCCUUCGAGGCGCAGGGCCUGCGCUACUGCGCCGCGCCUCGCGACAGGAGUUUCAGCUGCUCCCCAGCCAGGUGCGCCGUCGGCGACGUCUGGGACACCAGCGCAAGCGCGCACGUUCACCUCUACUGCAUUGCGUCACAGCGCGAGGAUGCGAGCUUACGCGGGCAGUCGCCAGAGCAGUUGGUGCGGGAAGCUGUUGCGAAGCUUGCGGCGCUGGCCGAGGGCACUGGCGAUGUCCUGCCCGUGCAGGGCGACUCGGCGACCGCUCAAGGCGCCGUGCACGGCGGGCAGAGAGCCGACGAAGUGGCGUGCCGGUAUCAAACGCUCAACGUCGACCCAGAGAAGGGUGCCGGCUUGGACCUCGAGGCCACCGAGCUUGGCUUCCGCGUCAUAGGACUGGAAGGCGAGCCGGGCCAGGAAUUGCAGGUCGGAGACGUGCUGCUGGAGAUCGCGGGGGAGCCACUGUGGGGCCUCGGCGAGGACGAUCUCGAAGCCGCUUUCGGCAGCCGAUUCGCGCACGGCGCUCGCCUGCGCAUCGCAGGUUUCGAUGCAGUUCGUGGGCGGGCCGUGCGGCAGAGGCUUCCACUGCGCCGCGGGCUCGCGGGCCGAUGCCCCGUGCUGCUGGCGGCGGUCCACGAUGAUGUGGACGUGCUGUGCAGCCGCUUCGGCGUUCAGGCAGACAUCGACACGGCAGAGAACACGGUGCUGCUGCAUGGCGCGCCUGUGGCGCAGCGCUGGGCGUUGCGCGAGCUGCUGCAGCUGCUCGGGUUCUACCUCCCAGAGCUGCGUGCGGCAGGGAGGCCUCCGUGCACCUGGGUGGUGUGCGAUGGGCCGGCAGUGGCUGCGCCACCCGUGGCGGAAGGCGGCUUCGGUGCCGCCGGCCCCUCCGCUGAGGCGCCCAUCGAGGCCGCCAGGGGCGACGGGCUGGGUGAAUGGAAGAUCUCGCUGCGCGAGCAGGCGUCGGAGCUGGAGCAGGAGGACGACCUGGCCUUCGAUCCUCUGGACGCCCCCGACGACGGCCCAGAGGUGUUCGAGGGCGAGGCCGUGAACAGAGGAUUCUCGGUCUGGCGGCCGCUCCGGCUGCUGAUCCUGGCUGGGCUGCCAGGGGCCGGCAAGAGCACACUGGCUGCCCGCAUGGCCGACUCCGGCUGGGUCGUGGUGAACCAGGACCUGCUCGGAAGUCGUCAGGCCUGCCUGGCCGGCGUGCGCACCGCGCUCGCCGACGGCGGGUGCGUGGUGGUGGACCGCUGCAACGUGACCUGCUGGCAGCGUUCUGUCUGGCUCGGAGUCGCGGACGAGCACAAGGUCUGCGCCGGGUGCUUCUGGCUCGACGUCGGGCCCGAGGAGUGCGGCGAGCGCGUCCUGCGCCGCUUCGGGCACGCCACACUGGCGGCCGAGCCCGAGAGCCUGGGAGUCAUCGGCGCCUUCGCGGAGCGCUUCGAGCCCCCGCAGGAGGCGGAGGGCUUCCUGCUGUGGCGCGCCCGUACCUCCGACGAAAUAGAGCUGGAGCUGCAGGACCUGGAGGAGGUCGUGGAGGCGUCGCGGAGCGCCGAGGCCCGCCAGGCCGCGGGCCAGCGCGUCCAGCAGCGCGGCUUCGGCGGCGCCGCGGCCGUGCCGCCGGAGAGGCCGCCGGCGCGGCGCGCCGCGCCGCGCCCGCGGGAGGGGGGGGACUUCCAGUACGUCGACGUGCGCUCGGCCCGGGGCGGGGGCCGCGUUGCCCGGGUGCAGUUCCUGCGCGCCGUGCGGCGGCAGGUGGGGUCGGCGGCCUUCUCCGACCAGAACCUGGUCCAGGACUGGUUCUUCCAGGAGAAGAUCGCAGAUCCGCCGGAAGUUGGUUGGCUCGCGCUUCACUGGAUCCUCUCGUGCCCUCGUAUCCGGGACGUGUACCGCGCAGAUGCGGACACCGUGCUGGAGGCGCUGCGGCCCUCCACGCUGACCGUCAAGCGCGCGGCCGACGGGCAGGCGUACGUCCAGAGGCGCCGCCGCCUGCCGGCCAUGCGAGUCAAGCGACCCCCUCGUGGCCAGGAGCCCGAGUGGUACCGCUCGCUGCACGCGGGCGCCCCCUCCGCAGCGGUCCCCGCGGGCGCCGCCGAGGGGGGGGCGAGCGCCGGGAGCCGCCACUGCGCCGCGUGCUCCCGCGAGCUGCCGGGCACCAGCUUCAGCGCCUCGCAGCUGCGGAAGAAGCGGCGAGCGCCCGUGUGCCGCGGCUGCGUGGACGGUGUCGAGGGCGCUGCAGAGAGCGCCGACGCCGGCAGCAGCAGUGGGCACGAGUCAGGAGCAGAUGCCUCGGAGCCGGUCAGCGCGGUGCUCGACGGCAGCUCGCCUACCGCAUGGGUGGCAGGAGCAGCGCAAGCCCCUGUGGGGUGUAGUCCCAACGCUGCCGCGGCGGCGUCCAACGAGGAUGUUCAGCAGUGUGCGCAGUGCUUGAAGGACUUGCCGAGGAGUUGCUUCACGAAGGCUCAGUUGACCAAGCAUCGUGCGAGCCCCAAGUGCAAGGAUUGCUCGGGGAGCUGAGGUGAACUGCUCAACCACGAGGGUAGCGGUCGACCGCUGGCAUGAUGGUGCUGAGGACGUAUCACAUUGUAGCAUGUAGCGUUCUGGGCAGACACUGCGGAUACCUGGCUGGACCACGCGUGUGCGCUCCACAUACUUGCAAUCACAUGUAGUGUAGGAGCGUAGCUGUACAGAACAGGCGUGCGAGCUCGGGAGUUGAAAA